AGUAAUUAACCGAAAAAAAUGGCUCCAACCACUCGAAGGUAUGAGCUUUUGAGUGCUGCAAUGCUGGGAUUCGGGCAUUUAUGUAUUAUGGUUGGAUAUGAUUCUGGAUCAUUCGUGUUGGAAUCCGUCAUCCACUCAAUCCACGAAAGAACCCCGAAGGCAAUAGGAAAAUAUGCGGGAUACUAUGGACAGGCGGUAAUGUACAUUAUCUACAUGAUUGGAUGCCUAUUUUCACCGUCAAUUCUGAAUGAAAUUGGCGCAAAGUAUAUAUUGAUAUGCUCCGCGAUAUGUUUCGCAUCGUUUCCACUGGGAUUCUUUUUUGUAAAUUCCUAUUACUAUUAUUUUUCACAAAUGUUGCUGGGAUUUGGCUAUGCAUUGUAUUACCAAGGACAUGGCGGUUACCUGACUUCCCACUCAACACGUAAGACCAUCGAAUCUAAUAUUAACAUUGCGUGGUGUGUCGGAUGCAUUUGCCUAUUACUGUCGUCUGGGAUUUUGGCGACGGUGACUCACAUGACAUUGGAUUCUCGGGAAAUUAUGCAAAAUUUGAAGAAUUCCACAGAAUUUGAACCAGUGGAGCGAAGAUUCAGCGAUUUGGAAAUAAAACUUCUGUUCGGUGUGUUCCUUGGCGCCAGUGUACUAGGAAUCGUCAACUUUAUCUCAUGUCCUGGAAAAGAUGUGACAAAUUGUAUUCAGGAGACCAAAAAGAAAGGAACAUUUAUGGAAGGAUUUAAACAAACCUGCUCGGCACUGACCUCCAAAAGCAUGCUCCAACUUUUCCCACUGUUCACAGUGCUCGGGACUAGCUCCUCAUUCUGGUUAUCCAUUUUCACAACUGCCAUGAAUUUUACGGCUGCUAACUCGAAUUUGACAUAUCUCGCAGCAAUAUACCCAUUGAGUGUUGGAGUUGGAGAAAUUGGAACCGCUCUAUUCAUCACCCAAAUGAGCCGACGUUUCAAAGACUUCAGCCUGCAGCCGACAAUGUUAAUUGGGGCAAUUUUCUCGAUUCUGGGAUUUGGUUUGGUGCACGUUUCUACACCAUAUGAUGCUCCAAUGAGACCGACACAAGAGGUUCCUCUGCUUUUUGGACACAGCUACCUUGUGAUCUCCGUCAUUGGCGUGAUAGUUGGAAUUGGUGAUUGUUGCUUGAACAGCUGCCGAUCUGUGAUUUGUGCUCUGGCAAUGCCUGAUCGGAGAGCUCAAGCUUUUUCAAUUUCCAAACUUUAUCAGGCCCUGGGCUCUUGUGUACUGUUCUUCGCAAGUCCCAUCAUUCCAUUGUAUGUCUAUACAAUUGGUGUCUCAAUUCAUUUAAUAAUCGCUAAUGUGUUCUUUAAUAUAACUGCCAGAAGAACUCAAACAAUGGAGAAAGAUAUGCAAUAAAUUUUCAGUAUCGAAAAAA